AUGGGCGAAGAAUCCAGCUCAGAGGUGGACAAUGAAUCGUUGGCCACCAGCACUCCGGCUUGUACGCCAGCCCCCCCGCUAAGCAUUAAGUUGUUCGUCUCAAGAGUUCCAAAGAGCUAUACAGAUACAGAUCUAAUCCCUCAUUUUGUCCCCUUUGGCAAAGUCGAGGAGGUCACUAUUAUUAAGGAUAAAACGACCAACGCUCAUAAAUUGUGUGCGUUUGUUAAGAUGGGUUCAAUUGCGGACGCAGACUCUGCUGUACGUGCUUUGCAUAACAUAAAAGUUUUGGAUGCCUCUUUAGGCGCACUUCAAGUUAAAUAUGCAGUGGGAGAGGUGGCUAGAUUGGGAUUGUCAAAUGCAAACAGCGAACCCGGGGUGGAUCAGGUCAAACUCUUUAUAGGAUCGGUGCCUAAAACGAUUACGGAGGAGCAAAUUAAGAAGGUUUUUGGUGAAUAUGGGCAAGUGGAAGAGGUUUUCAUAAUGAAAGACUUAUCGACUGGGUUAAGUAAGGGGUGUGCCUUUGUGAAAAUGUCGUAUAAGGAGCAGGGAUUGUAUGCUAUUAAGAUGGCGGAUGGUAAACUAACUAUCGACAAUUCCAAACCCUUAGAAGUGAGAUUUGCUGAGGCAAAGGGGAAGCAGCAAAAUGCCAUACCUGGAGUUCCUAUACCUAAUAUUGGUGUCGGCGCCAUGGCUCGGCCAUUUCAACCUGGUGUACCUAGACAAAUAGGAGUAUGGCGAGAAUAUAUAUCGCCUGAUGGUCGCCCAUACUACUUCAGUGAACAGACGGGACUAACUCAAUGGGAAGUGCCUCCUGAAUUUCAAAUGGGGCCCAUUAGUACUGUGAAUGCAAUGGGAAUGCACAUGAUGCCACCUUCUACACCAUUUGACCAAACGGUAAUGCAUAUGAACAAUAUAACCAAUGCAUUAUACAACAAACAGCCCAAUGCUACCCCUUGUGGUUCCAAUGGCGUUGGUCAAUUUGGCCCCCCUGGUGCCAACCUUUUCAUAUUCCACAUCCCCUAUGAUUGGUACUAUGCCGAUCUUGUCAAAACUUUCAGUCAAUUUGGCACGAUUGUAAGUGCGCGUAUAGCCACUGACAAGGGCACUGGUCGCAACAGAGGGUUUGCAUUUGUCUCUUAUUCAACAGUGGAAAGUGCAGUAAAGGCUAUCACCUGCAUGAAUGGGUUCAUCAUUGCCAAUAAGAAACUCAAGGUUACGGUUAAGAAGGGUGAGGAACAGUAUAUAUCACACUUGCUGCCAAGUGUGACUGCCAAUGUGACUCCCUAUGCCCAAAUGUAA